AUGCGAAGCACCGAUCAUGACAACCUCUGUAAAUUCCACGGUAUCUCCCUGGAUGGGCCAUAUGUCAUGUCCGUUUGGAAAUAUUGCUCUCGGGGAUCGCUAAAGGAUGUCAUCGCGAAAGGCUCACUUCAAAUGGAUUGGUUUUUCAAAUAUUCACUCAUAAGGGACAUUUGUGAGGGCAUCUACCAACUGCAUCAUUCGAGCAUUGGCCCGCAUGGAUGGAUAAGCUCAGCCACUUGCUUGGUCGAUGAACGAUGGCAGGUUAGCAGGAUUUUCGGAUAA